CAUUUCCUUCGCCCUCCUCCCCUGACUUUCCUCUUCAAGUUGUUGCAGACAUGAGACUCGCCAACGCCUCCGUCCUGGCGAUGCUGCCCGCCUCGGGCCUCGCUGCCUGCGGCACUGCCUACGAGGGCAGCCAGAUCGACGGCACCUUAAUCCACUCCGUCGUGAUCGAUAUGGGCACUGACGCCGCCAACAUUACCGCCACCCAGUAUGACCCGUACUUUAAGCAGGGAAGCGCGCUCAAGGGCGUCAAGGCCGUCAUCGAAGACAGUCAAUUCUACAUCAACCUGUGGGCCAUCCCAGGCACCGAGUCCGCCUUCAAGAAAGUUAGCCAGUGCCUGAGCGGCGGCUACCUGGUUAACCAAGUGCCCUGGCUGUAUUACAACUCGACUGCCGCAACGUGGUGGGGCGGCUACGAGGCUGAGACCGAGGCCAGCAGUUACGAGGCUGCCGCCCUGUCUGUCGCCACCGGUCUCAUCGCCGGUCUCGAGGUACGCUUUUGGGAUACCAACGGCGAUGGCUACACCGACCUUAUCGACGCCGACUACCUUGAGGGUGUUACCAUCGACACUAUCACGCACAACGCGAACAGCACCUACUCGAUCUACCGCGGAAAUAUCGACGUCGCCAACAAGACGCCCUACGAGGGCACCGUUUUCGAUGCCGACCUUUUCAGCGGUGCCGGCCCGGCGAUCCCCGCCAGCAACUUCGAUACCACUAUCCAGUCCGGCGAUGUCGCGCUGUUCUGGUACGGCAACCAGGGGUGGGCCAUGAAGCGCGCCGAGGACGUUGUCGGGAUCUUCAUCGAUGGCGAGGAUCAUACCUCCUACGACGUCGGGGGCGUUACCUACGGGGACGCGAUGCGCUUUUCCCGGGACAACCUACCCAUUUCGAACCGGCCCGGCGAGUUCACCGACGCCCAAAAGUUCUUCAAGCUCACCAAUGACACGGCCGCCGGCCUCAACGUCAGUCUCUGGCUUGUCCCCGUCACCAACACCACCAAUCGCGGCGGACCCGUCGGCAUGACGAGCGAUGGCCACUCGCGCGACUUCCUCGCUAAGGCUGUCGCUCAGGCGCAGGCUCAGUUGAACAAUGUGACUGUCAGCACCAACGGUGCCAACGUCCCCUCCACCCAGGAAUGGGUCAACCAGGGCAACUAUACCCAGCUCCACGAGGCCAUCGCCAGGGCCAACCUUGCGCUUUCCUUGGCCAAUAGCUCCUCCUUCUUGCUCGACUACCAAACCUACGUGCUUUACCUCACCCUCUAUGGCACGAGUGAUGACAUUGGCGCUGAGUCCGCCGACUUCACCUUCACUGGCUUCGAGAAGGCUGUCCAGCUCGGCUCGGCCUAA